AAAAUAAUAAUUAUAUAUACCGUGAAUAACUAUGUCGUAAUAUAUUUACAUAAGUGAAAUACUAUGUUACAACUUUAGACAAUAUUUAUUUUUUUUUAUCUUUACCUUAACAUAUUUCUCUGAGUGCAUUACAAAAGAAGGUCAUUUGUAUUUGCUUCUUACCUUGACAUUAAUAUCCAUUUUGUCUUUCUCAAAUAUUUUUAAUUCUCAAAUAAACAAGAAAUAUUUUUCCUUAUCAAUUGGAGUGGUGCUAUAUAAGCUGCGCCGCAGCUUCAUCGUGCUUACUGCCGCAAUAGCUACAUUUCCAUCAUGUACGAACAGAAGUUUUCGGGACUUCUUGUGCUUUUAUUAAUAAGUUUAGUUUAUGGUCAACAACAGUGCACCAGAUUUUAUGACCUGCAGCCAAAUCGAGCAAUUAAUAUAACCAGUUUUAAUUAUCCCGGAGCAAUACCAAGUGGGACUAACUGCCGAUUUCGCUUGAAAGCCCCCCGCAAUCAUGUGAUCUAUUUAAAUUGUCGCUUUGAGUUGUUUCCCGACACCUGUGGCUCGGAGUUCCUGUUCGUCUCCCGUGAUGGCGACCUGCAGUUUCGGGAUGGCGAGCGCUACUGCCGCAUGGGGCAGGUCAAUCGAAUAUCCAACUUCCAGAGCAUGGCCUUUGCCUACUAUUCGAGCAGUCCGCAGACCCAGCAGCGCUCCAGACUCAACUGCCAAGCGGUGGCCCGUCCGGCGCCCUGCGACUGCGGCUGGUCCUUUCCGACGAGGAUUGCCAACGGAGUGGAGGCGGGCAAACACGAGUUUCCCUCGAUGGUGGGCAUCCGGGACUUGGCCUCCAACCUGCCCAUCUUCUGCGGUGGGACCAUUGUCAGCGACCGGUACAUCAUGACCGCUGCCCACUGUACCGCACGCCAACCGGUGGCCAGUCGCCUAUUGGCGUUGGUGGGGGAGCAUGAUUUAAGCACUGGUAGUGAAUCGAUCUAUGCCGCCCAACAUCGCAUCCAAAAUAUCUUUAACCAUCCUGACUACAUGGAAACCGCAUCUGGCAAUAUAAACGAUUUAGCUCUGCUCCAGACGGUAACCCCCAUGGAAUGGUCUCGAGGAGUGGCGCCCAUUUGCCUUCCCAUUCGACAAGCAGAGAGCAACUUUAAUUACCAGAAUGUGGAUAUCUUGGGAUGGGGAACAUUGGGCUUUGCCGCCCCCAAAUCGAACACCCUGCAAAAGGCAACCCUACUGACCAUGGAUAAUGCCGUUUGCCGAAGUCGGUCCAACUUUAGCAUAACUCCCAGCCAGAUGUGCACCUACGAUUCCGGAGGCAGGGGCCAGGACUCCUGCCAAUACGAUUCCGGUGGCCCAGUGAUCCUGCGUCAGCGGGAGCGGAUGUUCCAGCUGGGCGUGAUCAGUUUUGGCCGCCCCUGCGGUCAACCUUUUGGCAUUGGGGUUAACACUCGGGUCACAUCGCACCUCAAUUGGAUGUGGCGCUUUGUGGGCGGUAAUGUGUGUGUGCGUUAAGAAUGUCCAUCAGUUGAAUGAUUAUGUACAUACACAGAGGGCAUUUAAUGUAGUCUUACAAAUAGUACGGGGUUUCAUGGAUUUCAAACACUUUUUCAUAUUUUACUGCAUCAAAAACAAUUUUUUUUCAUAUAUCUGAGUUACACAAUUGUUAAAUUUUUCAAAUAUCUUACGUUGAAGCAUACGACAAUCUCUUGAACUGAAAUAAUAUACGCCAAAAACACAAACCAAAUAUUUACAGCCUAAUGAACAUCA